CAGAACGAGAAGUGGCGAGAAUAAUAUUAUUUGUAAAAAAAAAUCUAUAUGCUUACAAUAAAGCACUGCAUUAUACGGCGCAAAGAAAAUUAUAUUAUACUUCUGACACUCCUAUAACGAAAAAUAAUCUCACAUGUAACUUGAAUUAAUUUAUCGAUUUUAAAAUUAACGUCUUUUUGGUGACGCGACUUCGUGAGGUUGCCCCGUAUAACCGUCGAUUAAUUCGACAUUGGCAGCAACAGAGUCAAGAUAUGCUCCAAGAAAAGUAACGAAAGAAAUCAACAAAUGGAUGAGAAUGAAAGUAGCCUGAUUAUUUACGGCUUGGAACUACAGGCUCGAGCUCUGACUCCUCAAUAUGGUGAAGGCAACGAUGUCCGUUUUUUCAUAGCCACCAAUUCGCUUAAGCCGACCAAUACCAAUCAAUUGCAUCUGUUGCAAUAUGACGAAGAGCAAGGAAAUAUCCAAUCCAAGAUAUUCGAGCACUCUCUGGGAGAAGUAUGGAAUCUGAGAAGUUGUCCUCAUCAAGCCAACUUGUUGGCCUCUGUGUACCAGAAGGGUGCACAGGUGAUAACCCAGGCGGCUCUAUUGACACUACCCGAUGACCUCGGUUCAGUCCGCACAGAACAACUAAAGUCCGAAUAUAUACCCUGGAAGCAGGUAGAGGUUUUGGACACUACCGCCUAUGGUGGACGUGUCAAGACAAUUGAAUUCCAUCCCAGUCAGGAGCAAACUUUGGCCUGUGUGGUGGGAAGCAAAGUGGCUUUGAUGCAGCGGGGCGAAUCAUCGACAAGGAUAAUAGCCGAUUUGGUUGGAUCCGGUUCAAAUUCGAAACAUAUUCCACCGUUUACCACUGGCAAAUGGUCACACCAUCAUCAGGGUAAUCAAUUUCUGACUCUCCACGAUUGCACGCUAAGCUCAUACGACAUAAGGGACACGCAGCAUUGUGCCUGGAGUAUAAGCGAUGCGCACGGACAGCUUGUUCGUGAUCUCGAUUGCAAUCCCAACAAACAAUGUCACGUAAUGACUGGCGGAGAUGAUGGAUAUCUAAAAAUCUGGGAUUACAGAAUGCCAAAAGCACCAGUUUUUGAGCGAAGCGACCAUUCGCAUUGGAUUUGGUCUGUGCGAUUCAAUACAUUCCAUGAUCAGCUUUUACUGUCAAGUUCCAGUGACUGCAAGGUAUUGCUGACCUGCGCAGGAUCUGUCAGUUCCGAGUUACAUUCUCAGAAUGAAAUAAACACUGAAGGUGGAGGAGAAGAACGUCAACGUCCCUUGCUCUCGGAUGGAUUGCUGCAAACAUUUGACCAGCAUGAGGAUUCCGUUUACUGUGCUGAAUGGAGCAAUGUUGAUCCCUGGGUAUUUGCCUCCCUUAGCUAUGAUGGACGCGUCAUAAUCUCAAAAGUGCCCAAGCAGUACAAGUAUCAGAUUAUAUUCUAAACUUGGUUUACUUUUUUAGGUUAUUUUUAAUAAUAAAUAUUUAUGUAUAUGUA